AUGAAACAAAACUCUGAAAUUCUUUUGUGCAAAUUGCACAGGUAUGUCAAAGAUAAAUGGAAUUGGGUGAAUACAGGAUAUAUUCAUUUUAAUUCAAAAGUUCUUUAUUUGAUUUAAUAAAUUAGAAUGAAAUGCUACUUUUAGAGAAGAACACAAGCUUGGAAGUAUUUGCAGUUCCAGUAAAAUAAUAACACGAUUUCUAUUUUGAUGGAGGUAAGAGUGUAACUCAAUUUGUAGAGGAAGGAAUUUAAUUUCAAUUUAAUGAGUAAUAUGGGCUUAGUUUUAAGAGCAAAGAAGGUGCUCAAGUUGUAUGGAAUAGAAUUCAAAAUAUUUUGAAUACAGAGGAAGAUGAUGAUGAAUCUAUAGUUUUGACUCCUAUAAAUGAGGGCACUCUUCCUCUUAUUCUGGAUGCUAUGAAUAAGUUGGUUGAAGGUGGUACAUAAGCAAAAUAAAUGCUUUCAAGUUAUUUACUUAAUUAAAAAGUAAUAAAAAACAAAUGAGUAUAGGAUUACUUUGAGAUGUUGAACAGUUUAUUCAUUCAAUUAGAAAAGGAUCAUAAUCAAAAUUUAUUAUAAAUUAUGUGUUCAAUAGUUAAGAAUGUAAAUAAUGAUUAUAAAUUAGAUUGUGACUGUUUCUGAGAAUGAACUCUUUCAAAUGAUAUUGAAUGAUCAAAACUACUUAUUUAUCUUUGGUGCAUUGGAAUGUAUUUAUUAUUGUCGAAUUGAUUAGAUGAUGAAGAGAUGACGAAGAAAAACUUUAUCCCGCAUCGAUAAUUUCUGGAGAAGAAUGUGUAAUUCUUAGAAGUUGUCCAAUUCAAGAGUAAAGACCGAUUGAAAACCAUACACUUCAUAUAUCGACUGUAGUACUUGCGCGAUUGUGGUCUGGCCUACUACAUCGACGAGUGCCAGUUGAUGUUAAUUAAGAUAGUUUUAACGUAAUAAAAAUCAUGAUAGAUUAUUAAGAGUUGCUAUGUUGACCUCCUUAAAUAUAUCGAGAAUUCUAAGGAAUUUCUAAUUGAAUUGAUUGAUCAACUUCGUAAUUUUAAUUUCCAAGCCUUGAAAUUCAUAAAUGAAAUGUGUUCAGUUUUUAAAGAAUUCCAAGAUGUAUAUUUACAAUAUCAUAUAUGAAGCUCAAUAAAGCAUUGAUAUUUUAGAAAUUAGGUGAGUAUGGAUUAUAUGAGAUUAUUGAAGAUUACAUGGUAGAUUCACUAUAAGAUUUUUAAAAACAAAAGAAUAAAUUCAAAAAGUUAAAGCUAAAUAUUCAAGUAUUUACAAAAUAUUGAAUAUAGGAUGAUACUUUCUAAAAGGUACCUACCAUGAUCCUAGAAGUUGUUAUUUCAUGUUUAUAACAUUACCCUUACAAUUUUAGAUAGUAUAUAAUUAGUGAGCAUUAAUAAGUUCUCAAGUAUCCACUAUUCAAUUUAAUUGUGGAUCAAGCAUUUAAGAAUGAUUUAUAUCUAGAAACAUUGAAAUUACUCAUUGAUAACAGCUAAGAUGAUCAAAACGAAGCAUUAGAUUGCUUUUUAUAAUAGUUUUAUCCAAAAUUAUCUCAAUAGAUUUCUCAAUAAUCUGGAACUGAAUUGAAAACUCAGUUUGUUGAGAUUUCUUUGGGAUUGUCCAGAAAUUUAAAGGCUUCGAUAAAGGAAGUUUUGAUUGUAAAUUAAAUUACUUUGAAAAUUGGAUUCAUUUUGUAGGAAAAAAAUAAAAUAGUUCAAACAAAAUGUUUACAGUUUUUUAAAAUUUUGGUAUUAUAAAGAGACGAGGAUAUAAAUAAGGAAGUCAUAAUGGCAUUACCAAAUUUGAUAUGUCCUCUUCUAUUAUACAAAGGAUUAAGAGAGAAUUUGAUGUAUUCACAGUUGUUGGAAAUUGUUAAGAUCAUUUAUGAGGGAGGAAAUCAAAAUUUAAUGAAAUGCCUAGUAUAACUAUGUUCAAUUAUUAUUUUAGGAGCAAGAACUAAAGUAGUGGGAAAGGCAUUCUAAUUAUUCAAAAGUCCAUGAGAUUGUCAAAAAUUUAAAGGGCAAUUGUAUGAAGAAUCAAUUCAGGACUUCAAAUGUAGAAUAUAAACCGCAACAAUAAAUAAAUUAUACUGUAGUUGAUGAUGAAAUUGAUCUAUUCAAAUCUGUAUAAGGCCACAGUACUAAUCUGCAUAAAUAAACAUAAAAGAAAUUAGUUGACUAUGAUGAUGAUGUUGAAAUAAUAACAAAGAAAACCAAGAUAGAUUGA